AUGGAGCUGACUUCUGCAAGAGGCAGGGCAUUUGCAGCCCUGAAGCCCACCUUCCUCGACGUCUUGGGGGAUCUCUGGGAUCCGCAGUCCAAUCCUGAUGGGAUCGUGAAUCUUGGUCUGGCUGAAAAUACUCUCAUGCACGCGGAGAUGACAGAAUUCAUCAACACCAAACUCCAAAUUAACGCGCAUGCAUUGACAUACGGAGACGGAUUUAGUGGGUCGCAUCGACUCAAAAAGGCCCUCUGUCAGUUCAUAAACCGUGCUUUUAGCCCGUGGACUGCGCUCUGUCCCUCCGAUCUUGCCAUCACAUCGGGUGUGAGCAAUGCACUGGAGUGCUGUGCUUGGGCGCUGGCCGAUGCUGGUGACUACAUCCUUGUCGGACGGCCGUACUUUAAUGCAUUCAAAACUAUCUUUGGAACGCGGCCAGGGAUUGAACUACUUGAGGUCUCCUUCGGAACCACAGACCCGUUCAGCGUUGCCGCUAUUCACGAGUACGAACGGACAUAUGCGGAAGCAAAAGCCAAGGGUUUCCGGGUCAAGGCGCUAUUGUUAUGCUCGCCACAUAAUCCCCUCGGACGCUGCUACUCUGAAGAUAUCUUGCAGGAGUAUAUGAAGUUCUGUUCUAGAAAUAGACUUCAUUUGAUUAGUGAUGAAAUUUAUGCAUUGUCUGUCUGGGAGAAUCCACAGCUUCCUCAUGCACAGCAGUUCAGAUCGGUAUUAUCCAUGAAUAUCAAGGAGUUUAUGGAUCCAAGCAUGGUGCAUGUUGUUUGGGGUUUAAGCAAAGAUUUCGGUUCCACGGGCUUACGAAUUGGCUGUCUGAUUAGCCCAUCCAACAAGGUGUUGCUGGAAGCCGUGGAAGGCAUUUCUUUGUAUAAUUUCCCGUCCAGCGUCGCAGAUCAAAUCGCCUCAUCUCUCCUACUAGACGACAACUUCACAGAGAGCUACAUCGCAACUAAUCGGCAGCGUUUGGUAGAAAGCUAUCGAUUCGCAACAGACUUCCUCCAGACUCACAACAUUCCCUAUGUGGAGUGUAAUGCUGCCUUCUUCAUAUGGAUGAACCUGGGAGCUGUGGUGAAAGAUCGAACAGCUACUGACAAGGAUAUCCUUGCUAGGCUCCGAGAAGAGAAGGUAUACAUCGCACCGGGAACAGCUUAUGCUACUGAAGAAGCGGGGUGGUUCCGCAUGGUGUUUGCACAUCCUCCCCAUGUCUUAGAGGAAGGGCUGAGUAGGAUGGUUCGAGCUAUUCAAUGA